CAUGAGGGUCUAGAAGCAGCUAACCAACCACGGUCUUUCCCUGAGUGGCCAGGCUGUGGGAAGAUGGGGCAGGACCAGACAAAGCAACAGAUCGAAAAAGGACUACAGCUGUACCAGUCCAACCAGACAGAGAAGGCACUGCAGGUGUGGAUGAAGGUGCUGGAGAAGGGCUCCGACCUCGUGGGCCGCUUCCGGGUGCUAGGAUGCCUGGUCACAGCUCACUCAGAGAUGGGCCGCUACAAAGAGAUGCUGAAGUUUGCUGUGGUCCAGAUUGACACUGCACGGGAGCUUGAAGAUGCCGACUUCCUGCUUGAAAGCUACCUGAACCUGGCACGAAGCAAUGAGAAACUGUGUGAGUUCCACAAAACCAUCUCCUACUGCAAGACCUGCCUUGGCUUGCCUGGCACCAGAGCUGGUGCCCAGCUUGGGGGCCAGGUCAGCCUGAGCAUGGGCAAUGCUUUCCUGGGCCUCAGCCUCUUCCAGAAGGCCCUAGAGAGUUUUGAGAAGGCCCUGCGCUAUGCCCACAACAAUGAUGACACCAUGCUGGAGUGCCGUGUCUGCUGCAGCCUGGGCAGCUUCUACGCUCAGGUCAAGGACUAUGAGAAAGCCCUGUUCUUUCCCUGCAAGGCUGCAGAGCUUGUCAACGACUAUGGCAAAGGCUGGAGCCUCAAGUAUCGGGCCAUGAGUCAGUACCACAUGGCUGUGGCCUACCGCCUGCUCGGCCACCUGGGCAGUGCCAUGGAGUGUUGUGAGGAAUCCAUGAAGAUUGCUCUACAGCAUGGCGACCGACCACUGCAAGCACUCUGCCUGCUCUGCUUUGCCGAUAUCCACCGGAGCCGUGGGGACCUGGAGACAGCCUUCCCUAGGUACGACUCUGCUAUGAGCAUCAUGACUGAGAUUGGAAAUCGCCUGGGACAGGUACAUGUGCUGCUGGGUGUGGCCAAGUGCUGGAUGGCCAGGAAGGUGUUGGACAAGGCUUUAGAUGCCAUUGAGAAAGCCCAGGACCUGGCUGAAGAGGUUGGAAAUAAGCUGAGCCAACUCAAGCUGCACUGCCUGAGUGAGGUCAUCUACCGCAGCAAAGGGCUGCAGCAGGAGCUCCGCUCGCAUGUCGUGAGCUUCCAUGAGUGUGUGGAGGAGACCGAGCUCUACUGUGGCUUGUGUGGCGAGUCCAUCGGGGAGAAGAACAGCCGGCUGCAGGCCCUGCCGUGCUCCCACGUCUUCCAUCUCAGGUGCCUGCAGACCAAUGGCACUCGGAGUUGCCCCAACUGUCGCCGCUCCUCCAUGAAGCCAGGUUUUGUGUGACUUCAGUGGCCAUCUUGGGUUUUUACACCACUUCCCUUGGCCGUUUCUCUACCAUCAAGCUGGAAGCCCUGGUGAAAUCCUACAAUAGCUACCAGGACCUCCAUUACCAAUUUAAGGCCUAGGGUCUGCCUGCUGCUUCUCUGGUCCUUGCUUC